CUCCUGCUUUCCAUACAAUUAAUGUAAUGCUUUUAAGUUUGUUUACAAACAUUCCGUACGAUCGAUUGCACUGAUAAUGACAUAUUGUGGGAAAAAUGUUACUAUCAGUAGCAAUCUCAAAAGGGCAGUUUACAUAUUAAUUUGUCUUUGAAUGUUUUGAUGCAGAGUAUAGAAGGAAAAAAGAGGAAGAGAAAAGAGGAGUCAGAAAAGACUAAAGAGGUGAUUCAUGUAAGGGCUAAAAGAGGUCAAGCUACUGAUAGUCAUAGUCUUGCAGAAAGGGUUAGAAGAGAAAGAAUAAAUGAGAAGCUGAAAUUGCUCCAAGAUUUGGUUCCAGGAUGUUACAAGCAGACAAUGGGAAUGGCUGUUAUGUUGGAUGUAAUAAUCAACUAUGUACAAUCUCUUCAGAAUCAAAUUGAGUUUCUUUCCCUGAAGCUUUCAGCAGCAAGUAUGUUCUAUGACUUCAAUUCCCCUGAGGCUGAGGCCAUUGAUGAGACUCUACAGAGGACAAUAAACCCUUGUGAUGCUAACUUGGGGAGAAUGAUGAGAGAAGGAUAUGAAGGCACCACACUUCCAAGUGUUCAUUCAUCUUGGCCAUUUUGAGUCGUGACAAAAUCUCAUCUUAUUGGUUUAUAACAAACUAUUGAUGACAGAGCAUAAAACAUAUAAAAAAUUUGAUAUUAAUAAACUCAACUAUUUCUCGUUCACUCUUAAUACAUCUAACUAUCAAUUAACUCAAUAUAAACUCAAGUAAUAUUAAGGUUGUAAAAAUGAACGAUUGAAUAAUAACUCUCAAACUAACUCAUCGAUACAACCUUAAUACUUGAGUUUAAUAUUUAGCUGUAUUUGAAUUAACGAGAUGUGAAAUAGUUGGCUUUUUAAUGUCAAAUUCUCUUAUAAUAUAUAUAAUGAAAAUAUGACUAUCAGCUUAAGUUUUAAAACUGAUGAUUGUAAUCUCAUAAUACGUUAUAUACUGUAUCACUUUAAUACUAAGACAUCCAUGCCCUCACCUCAUUUGAAUGUUACACAACCAAGUCAUCAAGUAUACAUUACAUGACUAUAUGUAGUUAGCACUAGCAUAUAUAUUUACAUGCACAUGCAGACCCAUUGAAGUACACAAGUCUGACUAACAGGAGCAAAUCAAGGGAAUGAAAAGACUGCACCCGAUACCUUAAUUACACUGUUAAUUACUGUUAUACCUUAAUUAUAAACAAUAAUAUUAUUUAAUUGGUUAUGUAUGGAUGAUUAUAAUAUAUCUUAAUUUAUUCAAUC